UGGCCGUUAUUUGUAGUUACCAUGCCUAAUAUCUGUACACGUGUGUAAUUGUGUAUGUGCACGAGUGCGCAAUAGUGGGUAACGUAAGAACAAAUCAACAAAUUUAGUUUUGGUGAUUUGGUCGAGCAUUUAUUCUCAAAUAUGAUAAAUUCAGCAAAUUCGAUCGCUCACCAGGUGAGAAGGUUUACAACGAGCGCAAUUCGUAGGAGCAUGCAUCACAAUCCUUAUGAUGGCGUUCCUGGAUAUAACAUGCCCUUCAGCUUGCAAAAUAGGCACUUUCUGCUACUUGGAUUUAUGGUUUUUCUUGGCAUCCCAUUUUCCCUUCCCUUGUUCAUGGUCCGUUAUCAGUUGAAAAAAUAAAUUUUCAGUACGUUGUGUCGCCUUGCGAGUCAGAUUACAUGACUGCAUCAGACUAGUAUGAUAUCCUACAUCAAUGCUGUGAGCAGUUUAUUUACUAGCUAGAAUAAUGUAAUAGAAAAUGUAUGUGUUUAUAAUAAAGAUGAUUUAUUGAUAUCUGAUAUCUAUCAGAUAUAGAAGCUUA